CGACACUAUGCGUGCUGAGUGCGUGAGACCCGCUGAUCCACGUGGUGUCAGCGCCCCUACAGAGCUCAGCGAACUCGACCUUGUAGAUAGUCAUGGUGAUGCCCGAAUCCCUGUCCUGGGUAGGGGACGUGAAGUUCGCAGGGGAAGUUUCUACAAGAGUCAGUUGAAGACAUGGAUCUAGUCAAGGUCAUUCUCCUAGGCGCUCCAGGAGUUGGGAAAACAUCCAUAGUAAAGCAAUUCGUCUGGAACGAGUUCUCGGACGAGUACGUGUCCACGGACCGCAAGCACACCUACUACCCCUCGGCCAUCAUCAACGACCGCCUCUACGAGCUCAAGAUCUCCGACCUCCCAGCCAUCCCAUACUUCCCCGUCAACUCGUUCUACGAGUGGACGGACUUCCGAUUCUACGGUCUACGCAGUGCGACCGCGUAUAUCUUGGUGUUUGACUUAUCCAACGUGGAUACAUUCCAGUACAUACGGACAUUGAGGGAGCAAAUCGCAGAGAGUCGAGACAUCAGGAACGUUCCUCUUCUGGUAGUGGGCAACAAGCAAGACUUACUGCUGGCCCCUGGGAACUCCAACACCAACGAGACAUCGGGGUCAGUGGGCUCUGCCCCCCUCAUGGCAGUCACUGGCAAUAACAGCGUGGAGAAGCGAAGAGACAUCCAAAACCUGGUUAAGAAACACUGGAAGUGCGGGUACGUCGAGUGCAGUGCGCGGUACAACUGGCGAGUAGUAGCAGUGUUCAAAGAGCUGAUGAAGACCGUGGACUCAAUAGACGGCGGCGUAGGUCUAGGAGGCCAAGGAUACAAGGAGGUCUGCUCCCCCAUGAUAGACAACAUCCAUGACGCUCUAGACAGGAACAAGUGUGUCAUUUUGUGAAAGUAGGAGUGCCUGGCGGUGCUUCCGCCGACCCGGUGAGAUUUGUGUUCUCUACCGUGUUGACAGUCACUCGUAUUCCUCGCUGCAGCGAUAAUCCCAACUCUAGUUUACCCUGCCUUAUACACUUGACUGUACCUCUCCGUCAAAUACAAUACAUUGAUAUAACGGCAAACUAGAUGCUUACAGUCCCCCUUAUAGGACAAAAUGCUCUACUUAUCUCAAGCCAUGAGUAGCUUUAUUCCUUAGCUCAUUGUUAUCAUGUUGGUCCGAAGUGGAAGCUAAGCAGUUACUUUACGUUGGCCGAGAUAUUUAUUGCUUCAAACGUGUCAGAAUUAGUAUGAUAUGUUAUAAGCAGUGUUGCGACACUUCACAGCAAGGGAUAAGUUUUAAUUUGAACAAUUCUUUAUUGCAUUUUAAAAGUUAAAAACUAGAGAAAUUCUAAUCUGCCCUAUUACACAUGUCCAGCAUAUGCUAUACAGGGUGAUUGAUAUAAGUGUG